AUGGAUACACUUCAAGCCUGCGAAGAUCUUGCUAAUAACAUUGGCUAUUUUGAUCCUUUUGAAUGCUCCGACGCUGAGAUCCCCAAAGAUCAAAUACAGAGAUGGCAGCAUCUCUUUGGUUUCACAGAAGAGGAAGCAAUCAAGGAACUUGGUAGCUGGAGGGCCGACUUUGGCCGCACUUCCAUCCCCCUCUUGGCUUGGCAGGAGAUCAGCCAGGAGAAAAAACGUCUUGGGUACGAUAAGGAAGCGUACGAAUACAGCUUGUCUUCUCGAUGGCUAUCCCGCCAGGCCAGGGCUCAGAACCCUACUUCUUCUUCUUCUUCUUCCAAGACUCAAGCAUGGAGUAUAUACCUUGUGAAGCUAGAAGGCAGCAUUCCUGACGCCGCCGCUCUUCAGCAACUGGCAGAGCUUCCAGCGCCCCCGGAAAUCAAAACCGACCAGGGAGAGACGACCGAAUUGUUUGCUGUCAUUAACGGGAAGGACAAAGAGAAACUCCUCGCAAACCUACCAACAGGAAGCUCAACGACCAUUAUCUCUGUAUCAAGAGCCUGCAAGUAUCUAUCUCACGACUCAGCCUAUCCGAUUUUGGGCCUCGACACCACUUUGCCACAAAAUAGACUGUCUUCUCCUAUUGCUGAUCACGAAAAGCUCCAACCGGGUAACGAAGACUACCCUGUCUGGUAUUUCUUCUACGGUACACUAGCAGACGGAGAUCGUUUAGGCCGACUUCUGGGCCCUGGCCACUCCGCCUCUCUCAUACCAGCAUGGGUCAUAGGUGGGCGCCUUGGGACGUGGGCAGGUAAAUACAAAGCCCUUGUGGACGACUUUGGCGGGGGAAGGGUUCACGGACAUGGGUUCUUGGUACAGAACAAAGAGGAAGAAGAUGCGCUCCGAUACUAUGAAACAGGCGCGUAUGAGGUGGUGAGAUGUGAAAUUUACCUGGAGACCCGCGAUGGAAUGAAUAUGGCCAAAGGCCUGACUUUUCGGUUUAUUGGUGGCAGCCUAGAAGGAUAA